CCGCCGGGCCCAUGUCCCACAGGGCGCGAAGGGGGCAGGAGGAGGUGGAGGCGCAGGGGGUGGAGGAGGAAGCAGCAGCCGCGGCGGCGAGGGGCAGCCAGGCGCGGCCCAGGAGCCAUCCGGAAUCCACGGCGAGCGGCGGCAGGACCCAGGACCGGCAUGAGAGGAAACGGAAGAGGCAGGAGGCGCAGCAGCUCCAGAAGCUCCAGCACCUGGAGUCCUUCUAUGAGAAACCUCCCCCAGGGCUAAUUAAGGAGAAUGAAACAAAACCAGAAGACUGCAUACCUGAUGUUCCAGGCAAUGAAAGUGCACGAGAAUUCCUGGCACAUGCCCCAACCAAGGGGCUUUGGAUGCCAUUGGGAAAAGAAGUCAAAGUCAUGCAGUGCUGGAGAUGUAAACGUUACGGACACAGAACGGGAGACAAAGAAUGCCCAUUCUUUAUUAAAGGCAACCAGAAAUUGGAGCAGUUUCGAGUAGCACAUGAAGAUCCAAUGUAUGAUAUAAUAAGGGAAAAUAAACGUCAUGAAAAAGAAAUGAGGAUACAGCAACUGAAGCAGCUCCUGGAGGACUCUACCUCAGAAGAUGAUGGUAACAGUGAUGAUGAAGAUAGCAGCAGCUCCACUUCCUCGGGAAGUAAACAUAAGAAAAAAAAGAGAAAGAAAGAAAAGAAAAAAAAAGAAAAGAAGAAGAAGAAAAAGAGAAAGCGAAAAUCAUCUAAGUCUAAUGACAAGUCAGAAUCUGACUGACAGCAGUCUCCUGCUGCAUGCUUAUUGACAUUUACUUGUGAAAUUCAAGGAAAGAUCCAAAGAAUGAGGAAGAAAUUACCAGAAAGGGUUUAUUAAGCUUAGAUCAUCCAUAUGGAUACAUACAGCAUCCUACACUGGCUGGCCUCUUCUGCCCCUCUGCAGUGCAGCAGUCAGAAAGGAGAGAGCUGCAUUAAAUAACACUCAGUCAUCCAUAUCUUGGUACUGUAAAGCCUGUGCUAGCAGUCAUCCGUCUUGCUCAAGUUUGGCCUCUGCUUUGUCACCCAUGUGUGACUAUGAGCAGAAAAGUGGCAACUAUGAAGGUAUCACCUACAAAUCUGCAGAACCCAGCAGCCCGUCCAUCGAAGUCUCUUUCCUCCAUGAAGUUAUUUUAUUAUAUACAAACGCCUCAUUGUAACAGGACUUCAGUUUGCACUGUGCAGAGCAGUUACAUUUCACUUACAGUAAGCAGGUUGUACUGCAUUUUGGGUUUUUUUCUCUGCAUACUGCCUAUGUGCUGAAGUUUGUUGUACUUAUUCUAGUACUGGCCACUAGGGAAAUAAAAAAGCACUGCUGAAGGGGGAGAAAAAGCUAACCAAGGGGGAUUUACUUUCCAACAAAACUGCUGUGUCAGCAAGACUUGAGUUUUUUUGUGUGUAGUAAAAAUCUCAAUGUCACUGUUAAUACAAUUCUACAAUACCUAAAGUGUUCUUCACUUGGUAGCCAACUUUAAUGGUGUUCGAUGUUCAGUUUUAUUGUACAAAGGUAGUGGGUUUAGUUAUUUAAUAGGGGGGCUCAUGUUAGAAAUUAAAAGAGUAAUUUCUAUAUACAGUUCAGUAUCAGUUGUUUUGAUACAUUUGAGGUUUCUUCCUUUUAAAAAGGCUCAGGGAAGUAAACUUACAUUUACUAGCAUUAUUUAGUAAUUUAUGAAUCAUCUCACAAGAAUACAAGUGAGUAAGGCUUUCAAAAUUACUUUCAGCUACAGACAUGUAAGCUAGUCAAGUAGUAAACAGUAGUAAAGAACGUGUAAGCAGGAAGAAAUGUGUUUAAUUAACCUUAUGGGGUGACCAUUCUUUUAUUUUAAAUAAGCUUGCAAGGCAGACUUGACUAGAAAGAUUGAAAUAACUAUAAACUGCAUUGGAACAAGCAACUUUUUGAAGCGUCAAGGCAGAGUGGUACAAAGCUGCA